AGGAUUGGAGACGACUUGUUUUGAUUUUCAACGUUCUCUGUGUGUAGUAAAGAAAGACCAACUGACAAUACUAAAUAGGCUACCCAACUCUCAUUCGACUGACAAUGACUAAACUACAGUUGUUGAGUGUGUUUCUAAAUGAGCGUUUAACGGCGGCUGUUGUGGAGAUUGUCGGGGCAGUUGAGAAAACGGUAGUGGAGUACCAGGAGGAGAAUGAUCGGCUACGGAGAAUGCUGCGGAUCACACCAGAGAUACCACUAACGUUAUCGAGAAUAGACUCCCUGCAGCUCUCUGUCUCAGAAGAGGAGGUUUCCCCUGAGCAGCAGCACUGUGAGCAGGAGUGGAGCCCCAGUCUGGGGCAGGAGGACCCAGAUACCAAACAGAUUAAAGAGAAACAGGAGGAAGUCAGGACCAGUCAGGAGGAAGAGCAGCUUCAAGGUCUGGAGCCUGAUAUCAUAGAGUUCGAUUUCAUUCCUUCAGGUGUGAAAAGUGAAUGUGAUCAGGAGGACCCACUUUGGUCCUUGACUCUUCCCCAAACCCAGACUGUGAAGGGCAGAGAGAGAGACUCUAAACCAGUAGAUCUGAAACCUUUUGUCACUGUGAACCACCUAAAGUGUCUUGACAUUCCCUGUGAUCCUCCAGAUAAUCAGAACAUUGCCUGCAGCCGCAGCUCAGCUGUAAGCAGAAACCCAGUAGGACUUGACAGCAGCCCACCAUUGGAUCUGAACACAAUAAUGGGGGAAACCUGCACAUGGCCCUUUUGUGGCAAGACCUUCAAACAAAAAGGACACCUGUCCAGGCACAUGAGGGUUCACACAGGAGAGAAACCGUUUAGUUGUGGUGACUGUGGGAAAAGCUUCAGUCAGAAGGGGACCCUAACCAUGCAUAAACUGACUCACACAGGAGAGAAACCGUUUAGAUGUUUUUUUUGCAGUAAAAGCUUCAGCCAGAAAGGGGACCUAAUGAGACACAUACUGACUCACACGGGAGAGAAACCAUUUAGCUGUGGUGACUGUGGUAAAGGCUUCAUUCGCAAGGAGCACCUAACUGCACAUUUACAGACUCACACAGGAGAAGUGUCGGUCUCAAGCAGAACCUAACCAUGCAGAAACUGUCUAAACCGUUUAGCUGUGGUGACUGUGGGAAAAGCUUCGGUCUCAAGCAGAACCUAACCAUGCAGAAACUGUCUAAACCGUUUAGCUGUGGUGACUGUGGGAAAAGCUUCGGUGUCAAGGGGAACCUAACUGUUGACAUACAGACACAGGAUGAUACACUGUUAUUUGUGGUGACUGUGGGAAAGGCUUCAAUCAUAAAAAUGUACCUAAGGAGGCAUAAACUGACUUACAGUGCAUUUGGAAAGUAUUCAGACACCUUGACUUUUUCAACAUUUUCUUACAUUACAGCCUUAUUCUAGAUUUGAUUAAAUAAAAAAAUGCCCUUAUCAAUCUACACACAA